UUCGGGAGGGCCGACAGGAAACAUAAAUAACCCUCGCGACCCGUGCUUCUCAGCGAUUUCUUCCUCUCGUCAGCAACAAUUAUCUCUGCUUCUUAGAUAUCUUAAUACCAAGCUUCCCUAUAUCUGUUGCUUCAAGCGAUGAAAGAUCAGAACACUACUACCCCUCAAGUAGACAUCCUGCAACAACAGCGUCUUCCAGAAACGCCUACUACCUCAACCCAAUCUCAAACAAAAACCAGCCGACUCGCCCUGACAGCAGGAAGACUCCUCGCUUCCCGCUCUCGCUCGAGGUCCAAAUCACCCGCUCCUGGUGAUAUCCCAACCACCACACGCUCGCGUCGCUCCGACUCCGAGAGCACCUACAUUCUCAAACGCGACAAAAUGGCUCGCAUCAGCAUUCCCCGUCGCUCUGCCAGCCCCACCCAAAUGUCUCCCCCCGCCUCCCCUUCUUCCAUCAGGGAGACACACCCCACAAAGCGCAGAUCCGACUCCUACCACUCCCGCAAAUCGAGUGACGACUACCGUCGCUACAGUGGAACCGUGAACCACUACGGUCGUCACUCGAAUGACUGGUUGUUCGGAGGAUUCAGUCUUCGCGACACCGUUCGCGGCGGUGUUGACCGCUUACGCCAGCGCGAUGACAAGAGCUGAAUGAAAAAGUGGCUCCGUCAGAAAUGACGAAUUGUUCUCUCAACUCCUUUUCCUCUAUAUCGAUGUUCCAGAUCCGGUAUAUAUGGUUAUAUGACCAUGACUGUCAUUAUCUGAGGAUUAUGGCCGUGGCUACGGGCUACUCUACCCACCUAGUUCGAUCACGAAUUACCUCUUCCACUUCUGAGUGAGAUUAGAUCAGGUUAGAUCAUUGGUAUCGAUCGGAGGAAAACUUCC